AUGGACAACUUGAGCAGCGGUGACAUGAGAAACAUCAAGUACAAGUAUUUGCAUAUGGAAAAUAAUGCGUUUAAGGAACUUGGGAUCAAGGAAAGAGCCGGCGAAAUUAAGUUUGUUAGCUCAAACUCCAAUGAGCUGAGCUACGACUUUACGUUGGACGUGAAAAAUUGGCUCUCGAAUGGCGUGUGGAAUCAUUCGUGCUUUCUCGGCUUGAAGGAUGUGUUCGGCACCUAUUGUACAAAGUACUUGGACAGGCGCGAGUUGACUCAAUUUUUCGGCUCGAUCCAAAACUAUCAGAGGGACGCUUACGAGAGAGAUUUGUCGGAGCUGCUCUUGAAGACUGCAGUACCGAUGCUGAAAGAAUCCCUCGGUCCCGAGAGCAAAGAGUUCACAAGUAUUUACAAGAUGAUUUCAGCUAUUUGCCAAGUUGUCAAUAUUAAAGUGCCGGCUCUUGUACAUCUUACCGAUUGA